AACACACGUCUUGAAGAUGGGUUUUAUUAAUUGGGCAGUGAUUGCCUUUGCACUCAUAGCCGCGGCACACUCAAUUGGAUAUGGCGGCUACGGAGGCGGCUAUGGCAGAGGCGGCUAUGGCAGAGGCGGCUAUGGCAGAGGCGGCUUUGGAGGAGGCUUCCACGGUAUAGGCGGUUACGGCGGCGGCCAUGGCGGCGGUUACGGAGACUAUGGCGGCGGCCAUGGCGGCGGUUACGGAGACUAUGGCGGCGGCUAUGGAGGCUAUGGCGGCGGCCGUGGAGGCUAUGGCGGUGGCCAUGGAGGCUUUGGAGGCAUAGGCGGUUACGGAGGCGGCCAUGGAGGCGGUUACGGAGGUGGUGGCUACGGCGGCGGUAUUCACCGUCCAUUAUUUAUAUUUCUAAAAGAUACAAGCAACACCCACACGAAGGCAGAAGAUACAAGCUACACCCACACCCACACGAAGGCAAAAGAUACAAGCAACACCCACACGAAGGCAAAAGGCUACAUAACUCAGCUUAUUUCCCAACACCGACAAGGCAGCUAUGGCGACGACCAUGGCGGCGACAAUGGCGACGACUAUGGCGGCGACAAUGGCGACGACCAUGGCGGCGGCUAUGGUCGUAGAUAGAUAUGGAUUUAUACAAAAUUUCACACAGACAUGCAAUUGUUAAUGUUAUUGAUGCUAUUUUAAAGACAUCAUAAGGUUUACAGGUUAGUGUUUUGAUUUUUGUAAAGACGAUUGCUUAAUUAGGUAGGGAGUAAGGAGUAAAAAGUACGAACACUGCAUAAAUCGUUUCAUUGUUGAUAAUGUAGAAAUCCUCCUUUUUUACUUAUGAAGCAGUUUGAUGUUUAAAAAUUGUUUGUUCUAUCUAUGGAAAGCUAACAACGCUACACUAGUAUAAAGGCUUCUGAUGGUAUUUACUGUUAAACCUCGUUAGCCACCGUUUUGUUGAACAUUUGUACAUAAUUGCACUUUGUUGAAAAUUGUUUGUUGUAUACUAAGUUUGUUAUCAUGCGCAUAUGCAAAGCAUAAGCGUAUAAUCAU